AUAGCUGGAUCACUGUAGGCUACAGUCCAUGUUUAUCACAGAUGGUUCCUUCCUGGCUAAACCAGCCAAUGGGAAAGGCCCGCAACAGGAUCCCAAAAUAAGAAAGUCCAUAUAAAGCCUGUCCAUUCAUAUUUUCUUCCAGGCAGGGCUUCCGAAUAGACUAGUCCACAGACAAUUAACAUCACUUUAUCCCUACUUAAGUGUUGUUUAUUUCAAGUAAUAAAGGUUUUUAUCAGAGAUGAUGACACAACUUGAUAAUGUAUGGAUGCCACAGCCCCUAAAACACUACCAGACCAACACUUUUGCUAAAGGGUGGCUUUCAGUGUUAGUGGGACAUUUUAGUAAAUGAACUGGGACACUGUAUUCUCCUUAGAACUACAGUCGUGUCCCACUUCAAUCAAUAAGACUGUAGAAUUUGUAGAAGCUUGUAGAUAACACACUGUUUUCACAAUUUUGUGACAAUAAACAUUUACUAAACCCUCCCCAUGCCAUUGGAAAAUGAAUUGGGGGACAUUCCAAGCUUUUAGGAGUCUGCACAGCUUUAACUUGAUCCUGGAACACUACUAUCCCCCAAAUUCCCCUUUCAAAAUUAAUGUAGCCUCUUUCUAUAGUCUCUUUCUUUCAUGUCAUUGUGCUUCCUUUAUUUCCUUCCUACCCUUGUUUGUUAUUUUCCCUCUAAUUCCUUCCACCCUCAUCCUAUACUGUUUAUUUGCUAUAUAGUGUAUAACAUCGAUUCAGAGAUGCUAUGAACAACUUAAACAACAAAUUACAAUGUAUUUUAUAAUAUCUAAUGCCAGAAAUAUAUUUUAAUUAAUUAAAGAUCCUUUUUUAAGAUUCAUCAAACACCAAUCAGGGGAAGUGGGACAAUACUAUAAACCCGGUUUUCAUAAAAUAUAAUAACUGUUUACAUGAAUAAUUAUUAUAUUUUAAAACACUACCAAUAACAGUCUGUUUUAACACAACAAGCUAAAUUGUUUAUAAUUAAUUAUAAUUGACAGAAUUAUGCCUUUGUCAUUCUAGCGCAAGGUUUCAUAUGUAUGCCGGUUUUUCAUGAGUUUUAACAGGUCACCCCACCUAGGAAACCUGACCACACACACUACGAUGAUGUCACACUAACCAAAAACCAUUUUUUUCAAGCACAGAACACAUUCAGCAACAAACCAAAAAACAUGUAUUUUGAUUGGGUUACAAAAUUACCAUAGUACAGUAGGCCUACCUUAAAACACAAACGUACCACUUCGCCUAUAACCGAUUUGUCUAACUAAUACUGACGUCAUCCGAAAUUGACUGGGCCUCUGAAAAAAAAGCUCAGUGUUUCACAUCUUCCACAUAUGACAUUAAAGGCAGGAGACACCCAACGCCCACGUGUGUGUAACAGUAUGACAUUACAAUGGUCUCGUUUACAGCACAGACAGCCUACUUCACUUGAGCGCCUACAUCAUAAAGGAAGAACCGGCAGAAGACGCUUACGGUCUAUACAUUUCUCACAGGAAUAACCAGACUAUUACUGAAAACAAUGCAAGUGGCUUUAGCAAACAUUCUCAAUCUGUAUAUGAGUAAAACGCGUUGCCACAACUGAGAUGGUACUUGGCACCCGUUGUAACGAAGGUGGACAAAACGUCAAGGGCAAGAAUUUCUAAGGCGGGUAUAAAAAGGGAGCGCGCGCCUGUCACGGGCGCUCUCGCCCCAGAUUAAAUCCCACGGUUGUCCAAAGCGUUUUGAACCUUUCAAGAUUAGGGAGGGAGCAGACAUGGCCGACUCGCUAAGGAGGCUGGUGAACACAUCUUCCUUCAGCGUUCUACAGGACAAACUUGAAUCCUGGUACAAGGACUACCAUGUCAUCUCCUGUGAUCAGAAUCUCAACAGGUGCUGUGAAUUGGUAGAGCUCACCUCCAAGAUACAGGGUCAACUCUUCACCAUCCUCAACUUCACUGCUAGAGAGGGUGGUCACUAUGCAGGAGUGGAUGUGCUCAAAUCACGCCUGCUGCCCUGGUUGGGGACUUGUUUCUCCAUGGCAACCUCCUCUGUCACCAACGACACCAGCCUCAACCUCAUCCAGGAGUCCGUGGAGAAGGAGAGGAAGAUCAGAGAGCUGUCUGCCUCCCAUGAGAACGACAUGCAGAAGAUGGAGACUCAGCUGUGCUCCACUCACCUACAGCUGGACUCUGUCAAACAGGAACUGGCAGAUGCUCAUCUGCAGCUGGACAACACAAAAAAUAUGUCAGCCACAACUCUGCUGGCCACCGAGGAUGAGAUACUACAGCUGAAAGCAGAGUUGCGUGCGUCCCGUGAUCAGGUGGAGACCUAUAAGAGGAAGCUGGAUGUUCUGGAUGACUAUGAGAGACAGGUGCGUCUGCUGAGGGAUGAGGUGUCUUUCCUCACAGCAGAGAAGAGCAUGCUGCAGGAGAGGUUGGUGAGGAGUUGUUCCCCCAGCCCCCUGCCCAGACAGAGCCGCCCCUCCAGCCCUCUGAAGAGUGAGUCUCCCACCCGGGCCCAGCUCACCAAUUCGUCCCGCCACGCCAGGCUGGUGUCCCGCUUCAGUGACUUGUAUGCUGUGGAGCGCCUGGAGGCCCAGAGUCUGCUCCGACGCUACAUAGACGACCUGGAGAUGGUCCAGAGAAUCAUCUUCAUUGCCACUGUGGAGGCCUUCCAGGCAGCCAAGCUGGCCUACCGUCAAUUCAAGCUGCGAGUAAAGAAGACCCUGUCACCCUCCCAUCUGGGCCCGGAGACCCUGGAGGACUCGGUGGUGGACUAUAUCGUCAGGAACCUGGACCUCUACGACGUGCAGGCCAGUGUUAAUGACGUGAUCAACGCCAUGAAUGUAAACCCACGGAUCUCCUUCCCCCCGGAGGUGGACUUUGUCCUGAUCAACAGCUUCAUCCGGGAGACAUGCAGAGUGGCCUUCGCCAUGCAGACACUGGACUCUCCUCUGGACCUGGCUUUUACCAGCGGUGGAGAACUCUACAGCGACAACAAGUAUCGUCGUAGCUAUGACUCUGAGUUUACUGCUCCUCUGGUGGCGUACCAUGUGUGGCCAGCACUGGUGGAGGGGGACGGUGUCAUAGUGAAGGGAGAGGCAGUCACCAGGAGAGGAGCUCUGUGGAGGAGCAGAAGCAGGAGCUGCAGUCCUGUUCGCUCUGGCAGCCCCACACGCACUCUUGGGUUUAGUCGCAGCAGAAGCCCCUCUCCCGGACGUCUCUCCGCCAGUCGCCUGUAAACCCUAACUGACCACUGAGUUACAAAAGGAAAACAAAACAAGAUUUCAUGUUUGCAACAAAGACAGAUCUAUAGCUUUAAUGGACUGGAUCCUGUCGUUAUUUGUCAGUUGUGAUGACUUGAUGUUAAGUAGUUAGACUCCGUGUCAAUAUGGACAUUGGUCCAGGGUUUACAGUAUUCUGGAGAGAAGUUCCAUGUUACCAUUACAGUAUCCAGAGACUCUGGCAGCUGGUCCUUUCAGAACAAUCCUUUCAGGGUGCUGUAGCAGCACAUGACAAUGCUGUGUGUGUGUGUGUGUGUGUGUGUGUGUGUGUGUGUGUGUGUGUGUGUGUGUGUGUGUGUGUGCGCGCAUGUGUUUAAUCUAUGCCCAUUAUCUUAGUGAUUCUUAACUUUGCACUAUGCAAAACCAGGAUGAUUGUGUGGUUGACCAUAAUGUAACUUUUUAAGGACAUUUAGACCUGCACAGUAUCAUUUUCUGAGACUGUUGUAGUUUAGGUUUUAUCUUUAACCUCAAACCUUGAUAGACUCUGGGUUAUAAAGAAUAUAAUGAAUACAUUUUAAUGUAAUUUUAAUGUAAGUCUUAGCCUGAUUUUUUGUUGGUAGAUUUUUUGUUGUUGUAAGACACAUGGUGCUAAAGUUCAGUCAGAACUGUUCAACUCCACAAAAAACACGAGAGAUUGGUAUUGCUGAGAACAAUGAUUAAGCGUACAGUUUGUAAAGUCAUCCGUUCCAGUCCAUGUUUCUUUUUUUGGUGUUGUGAUAUUAGCUAGAUGUGUGGUUUAGAUGGAUUUGGAACAAUAGAAGGGAUUUAAAGUGAUACAAAACAUAUUCUGUAACUUCAAAUGGUUGACUUGAGAAAAUAUGCCUUUUUUUGUUAGUCCUAAUGAAGUUGCUUAUUAUCUACUGUACGCACAAGAUCCAAAAGCAACAUAUAACAUAUUUAGGAUAAUUGUUAGGCUGUAAUCAAUGAAAUGUGGAGCCUAACUAUUUUUCACUAUUUUAAAUCAUUAUACAGUCUAAUCUUUCAUUUUGCAUUAAACAGUGUGUUAGUGUUGUGUAUGCAAAACGUGGUGAUAAACCCCAAAAACUUGGACUCAAAUAUAUAUAAUGUAAUUUUGCUGUUCUUGUUACAGAAUACAAAAAACUAAAUUAUUUCCAGAGAGAUUGUGCCUUUUUAAAGAUUAAAUCAAAUCAGAAAAAAGGUUACUAUCAAUUUCUUGUGAUAAUGAAGGCUAAUUUAAUUAUUGUCUUCCAUACCCUCAUCCACUGUCAGUACAUUUUUCCUGCAGAACAUGCUGAAUUCUAGUCAGUUAUUAUGAUCGUGUUGUACUAGUAUGUAGGCUAUAAAUAUACUGUGUAGGUUAUGUGUACUUUGUAGUCUAUGAAUGUAGGCUAUGAAUGUAGGCUAUGAAUGUAGUCUAUGAAUAUAGGCUAUGAAUGUAGUCUAUGAAUGUAGUCUAUGAAUGUAGGCUAUGAAUGUAGGCUAUGAAUGUAAGCUAUGAACAGGUCCAUUUGGG